AUGCCGAAGAAGUUACCAAACGAAGCUGCUCUUGUUCUGCGACGCAUGCCCAUUGUUGUAAUUCCCCGAAAGAGGAAAUACAAAAACUAUGUGUCACGUCGUCGAAACACACAUCUUUUCGCUAGUUUGCGCAAGUGCGUCUCCGAUCCGCUCAUGUACCGCAGCUUCAAUCAUUGGAAAAGUUUGUGGCGAGAGUUUUCGCCAAGCGAGGACUUGCCUUUGCCUUCAGCUGAUAUUCCGCGGCUAAUCGAUGAGGGAGGUACUCCUCGAACACCUGUUGUUACCACUGUCGUGGUAUCCCCAACAGUAGACGCAAAGAGAUCACCGUUAGUUGGGCAGGUUUCUGAGAAGAUCACUCAUGUCAGAAAGAAUGAAGUGAGCCAAGUUUCCCUUUGUAUCCCACUUCGGUCGGGAAAGGGAAUAACUGUACAAAGUGGAAGUUCAUCCAGGAAGGUCUCGUCACCUAGAACGUCUUCAACGUGUCCUUUUGCUAACACCAGAACACUAAAGAAACAAGCACUCAAUGCGGAGUGCCCCAUGGAAGAGUAUAGCAAUAACAGCUCAGAAGAAAAUGAUAACAAAGUACGAUUGUCCAUUGAAUUUACCACAGUGAAGGGUCCUACCAUUUCAGCUCUUGUGAAGUCAGGAGCUCCUUCUCCGGCAAGUUUUCCAAAAAGUUCUCCAGUAACAUUCGGUGAGAUAACUACGAUGAAUACACGCAAUAAGGCAAGAGAUCCGCCACACUUUGUCAUGGCGGAGCCUGCAUCUUCGGUGGGGCAGUGGAAGUUUGUUGCAGCUAAACCUUCGGCGCCGAAAGUUCUGAGGAAGGCAUAUGGCUCCAAGAGUGGAACAGCAAUUUGUGCUAUUGGCUCAUCAGUAACUGCGGCUUCCGCUAAUGAUGUCAGCACUGAAGAUCAGCGUGUUAUUGAAAAAAAGGUAACACUUCGAAAGAGGAUGGAACAGGUCAAGGAAGCAGCGGCUGUACAGAUGCCAUUGAAGUGUCAAAUGGAUAUUGGAGAAAAGUCUAAUCAAGCAGAUGAGCAGAAGGCUAAGAAGACGAUGAAUGCCAUUGCUGCGGCGUUUUCUACACAGUCAGUUUCAGUUGAUGUGCCUGAAAAUACAAAUUUGGAGGAGAAGAAAAAAGUCGUGAGGGACGCUAUUUCGAAGGCGCCCCUGAAGGGUAUCACCUCGGCCACUGCAAAUUUGCUGGCUCAACUUCAACUUCCACCCACAGUUUCUGCUAGGGUUGAUAAAAUUAUUGCAUCAGGACAGAACGCAAGACUGCAGAAAUUGAAUGACCAGAGAGCGCGUAUGAAGGCUCAUCUCGAUCGGCAAAUUGCGGGAGUGUUGCCAGACGAUGAUGACGGCCAUCUGGUUUUCAAAAAGAACGACAUACUUCACGGGCGAUGGGAGCUUCGUGAAGAGCUUGGGGAAGGUACUUUCGGAAGAGUAAUCAAGGCCUACGACAAGCAGAGGGACAAAAUGAGAGCCGUGAAGAUUGUGCGCAAUGUUCACAAAUAUCGAGAUGCAGCUUAUUUAGAAAUCAAGGUUCUUACUAAACUGAAACAGUUGGACCCGAACGGAACGCAGUAA